UGCACGAAAAUUUGGUCCCUUCUGCGCAGUGGGAAGUUUUCCUGUCCCCCCAACAGGGAACCUGUCAACAGCCCAGAUGGCAAAGCUGACCUCAACAAGUGCACGAUGUGCCAAAGGCUGCUGGAAAGAGAGUCAAACAAAGGGAGUGGUGGAGAGGUGAACAGGAACGUGAACUCCCUGGGAGAGGAUGAGUGCCAAGAGUUUCGGGAUCUCUUCAGGAGAGGAAAACUUUCCUGCACCAGAGAAAAUGACCCUGUCCGGGAUUCCUCUGGGAAGCAGCACAGCAAUAAGUGUAUCAUGUGUGCAGAGAAGUUCAAAAGGGAGAAUAAGUGGAAGUUAUCUAAAAACAGACAAGGAAAAAAUAAGGAUGACUGCAGUGAGUUUCGCUCCGAGUUUGAAGCUGGUGGACGACUGUCCUGCACGAGGGAGAAUGACCCUGUUCGGGACUCCUCUGGCAAGCAGCACACCAACAAAUGUCUCAUGUGUGCUGAGAAGUUCAAAAAGGAAGCCCAAAGAGGAGGCCAGUCUGGUGGAACUUCCCAGCGCAACAAGCAAGUCACUUCAGAGCGUACAAAACAGAAGAACUGUCGUGGUUCAGGGUCACAGCAGGGAGUGAAUGACAGACGUCCCUUCUCAUCAAACAGAGGACCACAGGGUGGUAGGAACUGUGACCCAGCACCUGGUCGCGAGGCGCAGAGCAGAGACCCUGAUGCCUACCACAUGCUGGACUGUGAUCGAAUUCUGCACGGGGUAAAGGGUGGAAGGAUUUUCUGCAGCAAAUCCUCACAACCAGUCUGUGGCACUGAUGGGAAAACAUACAAAAAUGAAUGUGACUUGUGUUCAGCUGCCAUGAAAGCUUCAAACUACAUCACGAUAAGCUAUCGAGGUGAAUGCCGAAAGCCUGUCCCUGAAGUGAAGUAAUGGAGUUCAGACUGCCAGGAAACACCAGGGAUCAGCUGUGACCAAAGGGCAAGUAAAGGAAGAGUUGAUGUUGAGCAUCAGGGGAGCUGCCAAGUUCCCAGGACUACCAGAGCUGCUUCAUCCCCUCCCGCAGUGACCGGGGCCUGUCCUUGCUCAGGUGGAGGGUGAAGGGCUGUGGGGACCCAGUGGUGUCUUCCAGGUCUGCCCCGUGUGUGCCGUUGCAGUCUCUGCUGCCUCGCUGUGUUUUAACGUGCUUCUACA